AUGGCGGCACCUCCUGGGGGAUAUUCAAUCAACGUGAACGACCCUACCCUCAUUGCCCUUGUCAACAAAUUACAAGAUGUGUUCACAACGGUCGGAGUACAAAAUCCCAUAGACCUACCACAGAUCGUGGUAGUCGGAUCACAAUCCAGCGGAAAGAGUUCGGUUCUAGAGAACAUUGUCGGCAGAGACUUUCUUCCUCGAGGUUCCGGAAUUGUUACACGUCGACCUCUCGUUCUCCAACUCAUCAACCGACCGCCCCCGGCCAAGUUGCAGACAAAUGGAGUCUCAGAAAAAGAGAUGAAAGAGACGACGGAUAGUCAAGCCAAUGUCGAUGAAUGGGGAGAAUUCCUCCACCUUCCCGGCCAGAAAUUCCAUGACUUCAACAAGAUUCGGGAUGAAAUUGUCAAAGAAACCGAGGCCAAGGCAGGCCGGAAUGUGGGGAUCUCACCCGCUCCUAUCAAUCUGCGAAUAUACUCCCCCAAUGUGUUGACGCUCACCUUGGUCGAUUUACCGGGCCUGACCAAAGUCCCCGUCGGAGAUCAGCCACGAGACAUUGAACGACAAAUCAAAGAAAUGGUCCUCAAGCAAAUAUCCAAGCCUAACGCCAUCAUUUUGGCUGUCACGGCGGCCAACGUCGAUUUGGCCAAUUCAGAUGGGUUGAAACUGGCCCGUGAGGUGGACCCGGAAGGUCAGCGAACAAUUGGUGUACUGACCAAGAUCGAUCUUAUGGAUACCGGCACCGACGUGGUCGACAUUCUCGCGGGCAGAAUCAUUCCUCUCCGAUUGGGUUAUGUCCCGGUGGUCAACCGAGGCCAGCGUGAUAUCGAAAACAAAAAGCGAAUAGAUUUGGCCUUGAGAGCCGAGAAGGAAUUUUUCGAAAACCAUCCUUCCUACAGGAAUAAGGCGUCGUACUGCGGCACUCCCUAUUUGGCCCGGAAACUCAAUCUCAUUCUGAUGAUGCACAUCAAACAAACGCUCCCGGAUAUCAAAACCCGAAUCACCACGUCGCUACAGAAAUACUCCCAAGAAUUGGAACAGUUGGGUGCGGGCGACCUCCUGGGGAACAAUAGCUCCAACAUCAUCCUCAAUAUCAUCACUGAAUUCGCCAAUGAGUACAGGACGGUUCUGGAUGGAAACAGCGCCGAACUGUCUAGCAAUGAGCUCUCGGGCGGUGCUCGAAUUUCUUUCGUCUACCACGAACUGUAUUCCAAUGGGAUCAAGGCCAUCGAUCCAUUUGAGCAGGUGAAGGAUAUCGACAUCCGGACGAUCCUGUACAAUUCGUCCGGUUCUUCCCCGGCUCUCUUUGUCGGCACCACUGCGUUCGAACUCAUUGUGAAACAACAAAUUCGACGGCUGGAAGAGCCUUCUUUGAAAUGUGUUUCUCUCGUCUACGAUGAACUAGUUCGUAUUCUUGGUCAACUUCUGCAAAAACAGUUUUUCCGGAGGUACCCACAACUCAAGGAAAGAUUCCACACCGUGGUCAUCGCCUUCUUCCGCAAAGCAAUGGAACCAACCAAUAAGCUGGUGAAAGAUUUGGUGGCGAUGGAAGCUUGUUACAUUAACACCGGCCAUCCGGAUUUCCUCAACGGCCACCGUGCCAUGGCUAUUGUCAAUGACAGACACAAUGCCAACAAACCGACUCAAGUGGACCCUAAGACGGGCAAACCUCUACCACCAUCGGUGCCACCGAGGGCGGGAUCACCGAGUCUACCUACUGACGGUUCAGAGCAAAAUUCAGGGUUCUUUGGUUCAUUCUUUGCCAGCAAGAACAAGAAGAAAAUGGCCGCCAUGGAACCGCCUCCAGCCACCCUCAAAGCCAGUGGAACAUUGUCGGAACGUGAGAACCAGGAAGUGGAAGUGAUCAAACUAUUGAUCAACAGCUAUUUCAACAUUACUCGGAGAACAAUGAUCGACAUGGUGCCCAAGGCCAUCAUGUUGUCCCUAGUCCAACAUACGAAGGACGAAAUGCAACGUGAAUUGUUGGAACAUUUGUACCGAGCACAAGAACUCGAUGAACUGCUUAAGGAGAGCGAUUACACUAUCCGACGACGAAAAGAAUGCCAACAGAUGGUGGAGAGCUUGAGCAAAGCCAGCGAAAUUGUCAGUCAGGUGCAGUAG